AUGACAGAUACUAAUAAAAUGCUGUUGUCGAAAAUUCAAGCGCUUCAAACUGGACUCCAUGAAGUGAAAAAUAUUGUUAUCGAGAAUCUGACGUCGCAAAAAAGCCAACAAUAUUUGACAGAAGAGCUCGUCGAGAAUCAAAAAGAGCGCGAAAUUCAAAAGAAGCUAUUCGGAAACUAUGUAGCUGUGCAUGAGAGAACUCUUCUGGAACUGGAAGAUUCUAGAAAAAUUCAAAAAGAGCAAGAGGAGAAAAUCAAUAUUCUAACAGAAGAGAAUGAGAAAUUUGUCGAAAUUCGUGGGAAAUUUAAUGAAGAAAAUGAAAAAAUUCGCGAAGAAUUGGGAGAAAUGAAGCGAAAAUUGGAGGAUUUUGAAGAAAAUCUGACUUCACAAAAAAGCCAAGAACAGGAAAAUCGAGAAAUUUUGAUCGCGAAGUUGACGGAAGAGUUUGCUGAGUGUGAAAAAGAGCGCGAAAUUCAAAAGAAACAAUUUGAAGAUUAUGUAGAUGUGCAUGAGGGAACUCUUCUAGAACUGGAGGAUUCUAGAAAAAUACAAAAAGAGCAAAACGAAAAAAUCAAUAUCCUGACAGAAGAAAAUGAGAAAUUCAGUGAUAUUCGUCAAAAAUUGAAUGAAGAAAAUGAGAAACUUCGCGAAGAAUUGCAAGAAUUAAAGCUGAAAUUGGAGAGUAUUGAAGAAAACAAAACAUUCCAAAUUUUCGACAAUGAUCGUGAAUUGGCCAACAGCUUCAGGGACUGGCUUGAAGGGCCAAAAGGGCAGAAACUCCCUUUUGAUAUAUCGUUAAGAGUGCUGACUGCAGGUGUCUGGCCGAUGGUUCAGUGUACGCCGGUUAUGUUCACUGCAUUCUACACUGAAAAGCACACUGGACGAAAACUGACCAUCAACACGCUUCUCGGAAAUGCUGAUGUCAAAGCGACAUUCUAUCCAUCACCAAUAGCUUCGGAAUCCAACGAGGAGGACGGUUCGGGACCAUCGAAAGCCGGAGAAGAGCCCAAGGAGCGAAAGCCGGAGAACAAGAUACUACAGGUCACCACGCAUCAGAUGAUCAUCCUUCUUCAGUUCAAUCAUCACAAAGUGAUCUCGUGUCAACAGCUUUUGGACGAUUUGAAAAUACCCGAGAAGGAGUUAAAGAGAUGCUUGUAUUCACUAGCGCUUAGUAAAUUGUCGCAGCGCAUUCUGACUCGUAAAGGACCGAAAGGACGAGAUAUGAUUGACAUGUCGGAUAAGUUCAUGGUCAACGACAACUUCCAAUCGAAGCUGACACAUGUCAAAGUGCAGUUGGUGUCUAGAAACGUGGAAUCGGAGCCGGAAAUUAAGGAGACACGUCAGAAGGUAGAUGAUCAUCCUUCUUCAGAUGACAGAAAGCUGGAGGUCGAGGCGGCAAUCGUUAGAAUUAUGAAGGCCAGAAAGCGAUUGAAUCAUAAUAAUCUGGUCACAGAGGUCACCCAACAACUCCGACACCGUUUCAUGCCCUUCCAAACGAUUAUCAAGCAGAGAAUCGAGAUUUUGAUCGAAAGAGAGUUUUUGCAACGAGACGAACAUGAUCGCCGCUCCUAUUCUUACAUAGCUUAA